AUGGCGCCUUUUGUGCAGGAACGCGCCGAGGAGUCUAUGGCAGUCUCGUCCAAGGUGGCGCCCAAGCUUGUCGCACCCGAACCAGAGCAUUGUCCAGGUCCUGAAUCCGAAAAAGCAGGCCAAGGCGAUGCAUGCGCCGGGUGUCCGAACCAACAAAUCUGCGCCACCGCGCCCAAAGGCCCCGAUCCCGAUAUUCCAAUCAUCACGGAACGACUCUCCCAAAUACGACACAAGAUCUUAGUUCUCUCCGGCAAGGGUGGUGUUGGCAAGUCAACAUUCUCGACACUUCUCUCGCAUGGCUUCGCCGCAAACCCAGACUCAACCGUCGGCAUCAUGGACACCGAUAUCUGCGGGCCGUCAAUCCCUAAGAUGAUGGGCGUGGAGUCGGAGACUAUCCAUGUCAGUAAUGCGGGUUGGAGUCCGGUCUGGGUCACCGACAAUCUAGGUGCGAUGAGCGUGCAAUUUAUGCUGCCCAACCGAGACGAUGCGGUCAUCUGGCGCGGACCCAAGAAGAAUGGACUUAUCAAACAAUUCCUCAAGGAUGUGGACUGGGGCCAGUUGGAUUAUCUCAUUGUCGACACUCCCCCUGGAACAUCCGAUGAGCAUCUGUCGGUCAACUCUUUGCUAAAGGAGUCUGGCGUUGACGGUGCCGUUGUUGUAACCACACCGCAGGAGGUUUCGCUUCUAGAUGUCCGCAAGGAGGUCGACUUUUGCCGCAAGGCUGGCAUCAAGGUCUUAGGACUGGUUGAGAACAUGUCUGGCUUUGUGUGUCCCAAUUGCACGCAUGAGUCCCAGAUUUUCCGCGCGACGACUGGCGGGGGUCGCAGACUAGCAAAGAAAAUGGGCAUUCCAUUCCUGGGUGCUGUGCCUCUGGACCCCCGCGUCGGUAUGGCAUGCGACUUUGGCGAGAGCUUUGUGGACAAUUUCCCCGAUAGCCCGGCGUCCAAGGCAAUCAAGCGCGUCGUACGAGCAGUGGGCCAAGCCGUCGGGGAGAACCCCGAUGAUGUCCUCCCAGAGGAUUUGAUUGAAUGA